ACCGGACCCCCCGGACCCCCCCCCCAUGGGGCAGCCGGAGCCGCCGGGGGUCUUCGACCUGGGGGUGCUGAGAACCCCCCGGGGGCUGCUGCUGGCAGGGGAACUGGUGCUGUCCGGGGGGGUGGUGGCACUCCUGGCCCCCCCCGCGCCCCCCACUCUGGCCCCGGCGCUGCUCCAGACCCUGGUGGGGGCGGCGGCCCUGGGGGGGCUCCUGCUGCGGGACCCCCCCCGGCUGCCCCCCGGCUACGGCACCUGCCUGGACCUGCUCCGGGCCAUCAGUGGGACCCUCAUCUUCCUCGUGGUGGCCCUGGUGGCCUUGGCCUCGUCACGUGACGCCCUGGCUGCCACCACCUUCACCUUCAGCCUCGUCCUCGCCUUGGUCUUCGCCUUCGACACCUUCGUCACCUUCCGCACGCGGGUGGCCCCGGCCCUGGGACAGGAUCCUGACAUGGAGGGCCGCUGAUGGUCACCACCCCCCACCACCGCCUCAUUGUCCUCUGGGUCCAGUCCGCCAUCCCCCACCCCAAAAAUUAAACUUUGUCCCACA